AUGGCGGCCGCCGGCUCGCCAGAACUCGACUUCUCUCAGAUAAAGACGCGCACCAUCGAGAAAACGCUACUCCCACUCAUCAGACAGAUCAGUAGCCUGGUGGCGACACGCGGUGAGGCUGCUGGCGGCGCGGCGGUGCAACGAGUGGGCGCCGCGGUGUGCUGCGCUGUAGAGCGUUUCGUCGCGGUCGGCGAGACCAUCGCUGACGACAACCCCGACGUUCGCCACAGUAUGGUGCUUGCUUGCAAGGAGGCCCGGGCCGCAGGGCGCGCUAUCGAGCGAGUGUGCGGCGCGGGGAGUGCGGGUGGCGCAGAGGGCACAGGAAUGGUGUGUGCGGCGCGCGCGCUGCUGGCCGCCGUUACGCGGGUGCUCCUCCUCGCGGACAUGGUGGUCGUGCGGCAACUGUUACUGGCCAAGGACAAGGUGGCGCGAUCACUAGACCGUUUGGAAUCUGUUUCGAACUUCGCGGAAUUCGUGCGCGCGUUCACGGAGUUCGGUGGAGGGAUGGUGGAGCUGGCGCGGCUGACGGCGGAGCGGCGCGCGGACCUGCGCGACGAGCGGCGACGUGCUCAGGUCGCCGCCGCUAGAAACGUGCUGGAACGAUCCACGCUCAUGCUACUCACAUCAUCUAAGACAUGUAUGAGGCACCCGGGUAGCGCCUCUGCGCGGGAGAACCGCGACACGGUGUUUUGUCAGAUGCGACGCGCCAUGGACCUCAUACACUACGUGGUACGCGACGGCCUGCCCGGACACGAGGAACAGUCGCACGAGGCGGCGCAGUGGGAGGCGGGCACCGCGCUCGGUGCGCUGCGUGGGCUGACGGCGCAAGUGCGGGCAGCACGAGCGCGGGGCGGCGCUGACGCUGCCAGGAGGCGGGCACUCGCUAGCACCCUGCGAGCCCUGGUCGAGAGGACGCACGACUUCACUGACUCCGCAUACACCUCGCACGACCAUAGACAAAGGAUAUUGGCGCUCGCCGAGCGGAUAGCCUACGAGCUAGAAAGGCUAGUCGCAGUUGCUGUGUCUAUGGAAGAGCAGGGUGGCGGUGGGGGUGGGUGCGGGGGCGGAGGUGCAGCGCUGGAGAGCGCGUGCGCAGGCGCAGCAGGCGCGGCGGGCGAGCUGGAGCGCGCGCUGGUAGCGGCGGCGCGGGAGCAGGCGCGGGACCUCCCACCGCUGGCUGACGACGCACGCCGCCUGGCUACCGACCUCGCCUACAUAGGUAACCCCCCGCGCCCCAUAGCAAGCAGCGGAGAGUCAGAGAGACUGCACAACAUAGCCAGCCGACUGCACGAACAAUUAGACCAUAUUAUAGAGGUAUGUAAACUCCUCCGGCAUAUAGCGAUGUCGGAAACCCUUCAAGUGAGCGCGAAAUUUGCGGAGAUCAACCUGAGGAUAUACGGUCCGCAAGUGGUGACGGCGGCACGCACACUCGCAGCACACCCCGGUAGUGCGGCCGCGAGGGAAAAUCUCGACGUGUUUGUCGAUAUGUGGGCAUGGCUGCUGAGCGAUGCCGCAAGACUGGCUAAGGAACUCCUCGACCUCACAGAUGACAGACCAGACAAACAACAGUACAGCAGUUUACCAAGGCCGGGGAAACAUGGAACAACAAGUAAACCACUGAAAGCUGUGCGGCUAGAUUCAGAUGAACAAGCUAAAAUCGCCAAGUCAGGACUGGAGAUGAAAAUGAUGUCCUCUGAGAUGGACGCCGAGACUGAAAAAUGGCAGGGAGCUGAUGAAAAUAAUGACAUUGUGAAGAGAGCGAAAAAUAUGUCUUCCAUGGCCUUCGCUAUGUACCAAUUCACGAAAGGCGAGGGCCGACUAAAUACGACGCAGGACCUUUUCACACAAGCGGAAUACUUUGCUGAAGAAGCUAAUAGACUUUAUAAAAUAGUUCGACAAUUCUCAUAUCAGGUACCAGCGGGUACGAUGAAGAAGGAGUUGCUAGAACAUUUGGACAAGGUGCCUACGUACGUGCAGCAGCUGCAAUUCACGGUAAAGGAGCCGACGGUGGGGCGUGCCGCUACAUUCAGCAAGGUCGACAACGUCAUCCAGGAGACCAAGCACCUCAUGAACGUCAUCAGCAAAGUCGUCACCACCUGCUUCGACUGCGCCAAUAAGUACAAACUGGACUUCACUGGUCUGUCUGCGGGCGGUGCGGGGUCGGGUGCGGGCGGUCGGGCACGGGACGAGGAUACAGCGGGCGGUGGCAGCGGCGACGCCAAGCCGGGCGGGAGCUCCUCCGACACGGCCAUGUGACAGUACGGCAUGGGCCGGCGCGGCAAGGGCGACGCGCGCCGGACCAGGGUCAGCUUCCUCUUGUUCUAAAGGCUUAAACGUCUUGGACUCGUCGCCUUGGGUCGGACGGACAAACGCUACGGGCUCGUUCACAUCGAAUUCGUUGGCUACCAAAGUUGGUACGUGCCUUCAUUUUACUAUAUUUGCAAUCCUGCUAGUUAAUCAUAGUAAUGACUGAUACAUCGUCGCUAGAAUCAUCAAAUCAAAUGAUAAAAUUCAAACGAUUAAAAGUUUAUUUUAGAAUGUAUAUAAAUUUCACCAGAAGCGACUAUUAAAAACCAUAAAAAUUCCCAUCUACCAUACCAAUGUGAUACCAAGACGGAACACAUCAUAUUAAUCGAAUAAACUUAAAAGUAUACAUCUUCUUUUUUAAUUUAUUACGAGAGAUGUUAGAGCUAUUCUGGGGUUAGAUUUUUCUGAAGCGAUCCCUGGCGUUUGUCCUUUAUCGACCGUUUUGCUGGUAAUCCAUUGAACUGUUUGCAAAUAAAAUGUUUUGAUGGGUUCCAGCAAAUUCAAUGAUUAGUUUUAUUAAGAUGAUUAGUGCGAUAGACAGAUAAAGCUUCGGCAGACCACUUGCGACACACAAAAGCAGAUACGUAAUGCUAACGCCAAUUAAAAUAAGGUGUUUAUUUGGUUUUUGUAUUUACGAUUAUAAAAAUACGUUGAAUUUUGAUGUAAUUUUUAUUAUACUAAUGUAUUACAUCAUUUCGCGUAUUUUCAAAUAUUUUGUACUUCUAGUUUAAGUAGUAAUCAUGUUAGUUGUUAGGAUUUACAUCACGAUGACAUGCCUCGUAAUAAUAUUGUGAUCAUUAAUUAUUGAGUGAAAACGUACAAUAAUCAAUAUUUGUUACAUUUUAAUGUUACACAUUGUUACAUCAAAUACGUAAACGACACAGAGAAUACUAUUUUUUAUGUUUCCCCCUUAGAUAAUAUUAACCUUAUGUAUAGUAUGUAUUAUAUACUCCAUCUGCUUUAUCGAUAAAUUUUAUGUUCAAAUCUGUCUUCUAAAACGCACACUUGCACCUAUGUGGUCCUGUCGCACUGUUUUUUUUGUUUGUUGCACGCCAUGCUUACUCUAUUUGUUUUGCAAUGUUAUAGUUAUAUCUACAUGCAACAUUUAUACAAAAUUCUACUUCAAUAACACAGCGUCACUAUCAUUCAAUGUGUAUCGGUGUUAGUCUUUUGUUUUAUUAAUUUCGUGUAUAUAGUUCGGAUAUGUGAAUCGCGUCAGACACUGCAUGAUUGUGAAACAAAACGAUAGAUGUGUGUUGCAUGUGUGUAUUUUAUGGAUGUCGUACUUCAUCUGUCCAAGGGGGAAGAUGUUAAGCACUAAGAUGAGAGUAAAUUGACUCUGGUUGCUGCUAGCACCCACGUCGCCUGAGAAACUAUGUGUUAUAUAGACCAUUCGCCGCUGUUUUGCGGGCAGGUUAAAGACAGGCGUUGCACCCGCAUUGCAUGUGCCCGUGAUAUCCGCUGGCCUUGCGAGUAUACCGCUAGCAUGCCCAUUGUGUCUAUCUUAAUCGUAACGACUAAAGCUAUUGAUGUUGGCAAUAAGUAACAUAUCACGUAUUUGUUAGGUAUUUGAAUUGUUUAUUAUUAAUCACGUUAUUUAGUGUUUAAAAAUCAUUGUAGAUAACAAAUAAACGUGCCUCGCUCUUAGUUGUAAAUAAUUGGGGUAUAGCAUUGUUAAAUUUAAUAUUUUACUAUGGGUAAUAAAGAUCUU